AAUCAAUCCGAGGAAGGUCUUGCGGUCCGGUGACGCAUUUAUGUCUUGAACUGGUCGAAGGGCUGGUCGAAGCUCAAUCGCCCUUUUCUUCCCCUCCCAACAUGUCAGAUAACCCAUCUUUUGUCUUGAAAGGCAUCAACGACGUUGUCUUCGAGCAACGGCCGAUUCCUGAGGUUACGGGAGACGAAGUAUUAGUUGCUGUUAAGAAGACCGGUAUCUGUGGCUCCGAUGUUCACUACUUGCUGGAAGGUCGUAUCGGCGACUUUGUCGUCAAAAGCCCGAUGGUUCUUGGUCAUGAAUCCAGCGGAGUUGUUGCCAAGGUUGGCCCCAAGGUCAAGCACCUCAAGGUCGGAGACAGGGUGGCGAUGGAACCUGGAGCAACCUGCCGUGCUUGUGAGGCUUGCAAACUAGGCAAAUAUGAGCUUUGCCCCGACAUCAUCUUUGCCGCUACCCCUCCUUACGACGGAACUUUGGCCCGCUACUAUAAGCUGCCGGCUGAUUUGGCUUACCCUCUUCCUGACAAUGUCACCCUCGAGGACGGCGCUAUGAUGGAACCUCUCUCAGUUGGGGUCCACUCAGUCGCCAACCUCGGAAACUUUAGGGCGGGCCAGUCCAUCGCCGUGUUCGGCUGUGGACCCGUUGGUCUUCUUUGCAUGGCUGUCGCCAAAGCACUUGGUGCCUCGCGCGUCAUUGCUAUUGAUAUUGUCCCCGCCAGACUCGACUUCGCCAAACAGUACGCUGCCACCGACUCCUUCUUGCCUCCCAAACCUCUGGAGGGUGAGAGCAAGGUGGACUACAGCAGGAGGAACGCCGCUGCGUUGAAGGAGGCCCUUGGCAUUGCUGAGCGUGGUGCAAGCGCCAUUGACCUCGUCAUCGAUGCUAGCGGUGCUGAAGUUUCUAUCCAGACUGCACUUCAUGUUGUCAAGUCAGGCGGUACCUUCGUUCAGGUUGGUAUGGGUAACCCUAAUGUCACCAUCGACAUUGGUGUCCUCAUUACCAAGGAAUUGAACUACAAGGGGUCCUUCCGAUAUGGGCCUGGUGACUAUCCCUUGGCCAUCAACCUAGUUGCUGCUGGAAAGGUCGACUUGAAGCCGCUGGUCACCCACCGUUACAAGUUUGAAGAUGCUAUCACAGCCUUUAAUGCCACGAAAAACGGUAAGAGCGAGGACGGCAAGGGUGUUAUCAAGGUCGUGAUCUCUGGCCCGGACGUCGACAUCAAUUCCAACUAAUUCUGUCGCAUCGCCGAACAUGGGACCCUAGUUAUUUUUAUUUCGUCGGGCAUGUCUUAUAGACGGAAGGGAGAAGAAAAAAAAAUGUAUUAUAUGUAUCUAUGGAUGCAGCCAAUGAAAGGGAAAAGUUGACGAUCAA